AUGGAGUGGUUGUUCGGGUCAACAACGAGGGCCGCUCCAUCCAUAAAUGCCAAACUAUCUGCAUCUACAGCUCAGGGCCGUAGUGCGCCAUCUAGUGAAGACGAUUCGCGGCAUAAAAAUCGCGGUAAUGAUUUUUUUAAAUCCAAAGACUUUGAGGCAGCUAUCCGCGAGUACUCGCUGGGCAUUGAACAGAAGGCCACAGCCACGCUACAUAGCAACCGAUCGGCAGCCUAUUGCGCCUUAGGGCAGUACCAACUGGCAAAGGCAGAUGCUGACGCAGCCAUUAAGUUGGACCCAGAGUGGGCAAAAACGUACUCUAGGAAGGGGAAGGCUUUGUAUGGUAUGGCCUCGUACAAAAAGGCGGCCGACGCUUAUGCUCGUGGCCUAGAAUUAUGUCUGCGUGGAGCUUUAGGUGAAGCUCAAACGAGAGAAAUUGAGCUAGAAGCACUUAAGCGUCAGACGGACAGUCAGGCAGAAGCAUAUCUACGUCUGUUGGAGGAAAACAACCAGCUGAAACGCCAACUAGAAGAUUACCAACACAUGUUCGGCGAAUGGACGAAGAAGGAAAUGUGA